GCAUUGCUUCACUUCAUUUCAUUUCUUUUGGUGCUAUAUUCUGUUCCAAAACCUCAUAAAGAAUGAAGCUAAGCGAGUCAAGAGGCGAAGCAGAGAAGCACAGGAGACAAUAUUUUGAUCAUGAGCUUAAAAACAUGAUCUCUUCGUUAACCAACAUGGGAUCAGAGAAGGCAGGACCGAGCAGAUAUGAGGAAAAGGCGAAUGAGGAAGAUGGCAUCAGAGUCAUCACGCUUUCUGGAUCGAACCUAGGAGCCACCAUGAAGACCGAGCUCGGCGACAAUCAUGGAGAUAAUAACCGCGAGCUUGAUUUCCUCAGUACUUUUGUUAAUAGCAACUUUCAAGCUGUGAACAACUCGAUAAUGAUGGAGGCUAACUACGAAACUAAUGAUCCAGGCGUUCAUCUUGACAUCUCAGGCGAUGUGGAGAAGAAGCCUUCGAUGAAGGCACCUAAGAAGAAGGGAAAGACUUCUUCUAAAAGUGAUCGUUGAUAAUAAUAAUUUGGCUUUUGCAUACAAUCUACAAAUAAACAGAGAAAGUAGUGCAUGCCAAAGCAGUUUACUUUCUCUUCCAAAAUGUUUGUUUGCACUGCGUUUAUCAAUUUAAUUCGAUGUAUAUAGUUCAU